UAACCUUACAGUAUAUAUAUAUAUUUAUACUCUUCUUCCAUAUUAUAUUUCAAGUCCCAAAUACCUUUAGCUUCUUUUCUUUUUACAUCAUCUACAUUACUUCUCUCCUCCCAUACCCAAUUUUUCUUUAUUCUUUUUUGUUCUCUUGUCCUGCAACUUUCAAACAAUUAAUGAAUAUGGGCCUGAGAGACAUUGGAGCCACACUGCCUCCUGGGUUUAGGUUUUAUCCUAGUGAUGAGGAGUUGGUUUGCCAUUAUCUUUACAAAAAGAUUGCAAAUGAGGAUGUUCUUAAAGGAACUUUGGUGGAAAUUGACUUGCAUACAUGUGAGCCAUGGCAGCUCCCUGAGGUGGCAAAGCUGAAUGCAACUGAGUGGUACUUCUUCAGUUUCCGGGACCGAAAGUAUGCCACUGGGUUUCGAACAAAUCGUGCAACGACAUCUGGAUACUGGAAAGCUACCGGAAAAGAUCGAACAGUGCUUGAUCCAGCAACACGUGAGCUGGUAGGAAUGAGGAAGACGUUGGUAUUUUACAGAAACCGAGCACCCAAUGGAAUCAAAACAGGAUGGAUCAUGCAUGAAUUUCGAUUGGAGACCCCACAUAUGCCCCCUAAGGAGGAUUGGGUGUUGUGUAGAGUUUUUCACAAAAGCAAAGGCGAGAACAGCAACAAACUCAGCCCGGAAUUUAUUUUCGAUACCACUGCAAAUGCUUCCUCUUUAAAUUCAGCUGUAUCUCCUGCAACUGACAGAAGCAUCCCUUUUGGAUAUCAGCCAACUCCUCUCUAUCAAAACCAUUGUCCAACUAAUUCUAUGCUAAAUCUUCUUCACUUUUCACAAGAGAAGAACACCAGCCACAUCUCUGAAAUUAGCACCAAAGGUGAACAUAAUGAUGACGAGUAUGGGUUCAUAUGGGACAUGGAGCUGCAAGGGAACAGCUUGGAAGAUCAUGGGGUGCCUUCAAACCUGGAGGAUAUGAGAUUUGAGAUGGAUAAUAAUAUGGUUUUCCUAUGAAAUGAAGUUAUCGAACGUUACACUUGAAAAUAUUACAUACUCAUUUAUUUAUUGUGGUCUAUUUAAUUAAGGUGUUUAGCUUUUUGAAAUUAAGACAGAAGUCAUGUUUGAUUAUUUGGGAUGUUGAUUAGAAGAUUGUACCUGGUUGUGUAUAUAUUUAGGGUUUGUAUUAUUUUAUUUAUGAAUACAAAAACAGUCGAAUUAUGUAUAAAUUAUGAAUCAUAUUCUGUUCUGUA